AUGGAGAACUUCCAAAAAGUGGAGAAGAUCGGGGAGGGCACGUACGGAGUGGUGUACAAAGCCAAAAACAAGCUGACGGGGGAGGUGGUGGCGCUCAAAAAAAUCCGCCUGGACACUGAGACAGAGGGUGUACCCAGUACUGCUAUUCGCGAGAUCUCUCUGCUUAAGGAGCUUAACCACCCAAAUAUUGUCAAGCUGCUGGAUGUCAUCCAUACAGAAAACAAACUCUACCUGGUGUUUGAGUUCCUGCACCAAGAUCUCAAGAAAUUCAUGGAUGCCUCUGCUCUUACUGGCAUUCCUCUUCCCCUCAUCAAGAGCUAUCUGUUCCAGCUGCUCCAGGGCCUUGCUUUCUGCCAUUCUCACCGAGUCCUGCACCGAGACCUCAAACCUCAGAAUCUGCUUAUCAACACAGAGGGGUCCAUCAAACUAGCAGACUUCGGACUAGCCAGAGCCUUUGGAGUCCCUGUUCGUACUUACACCCAUGAGGUGGUGACCCUGUGGUACCGAGCACCGGAAAUCCUUCUGGGCUGCAAAUACUACUCCACAGCUGUGGACAUCUGGAGCCUUGGCUGCAUCUUCGCUGAGAUGGUGACUCGCCGGGCCCUGUUCCCUGGAGAUUCUGAGAUUGACCAACUCUUCCGGAUCUUUCGGACUCUGGGCACCCCGGAUGAGGUGGUUUGGCCAGGAGUUACUUCUAUGCCUGAUUAUAAGCCAAGUUUCCCCAAGUGGGCCCGGCAAGAUUUUAGUAAAGUCGUGCCUCCCCUGGAUGAAGAUGGACGGAGCUUAUUAUCGCAAAUGCUGCACUAUGACCCCAACAAACGGAUUUCAGCAAAGGCAGCUCUGACACACCCUUUCUUCCAGGAUGUGACCAAGCCAGUACCCCAUCUUCGACUCUGA